CCAUGAUCCGAGCUUUGGUUUGUGAAGUUGUCAUCUUGAAACAGACACCUGAAUAAAGGGAGAAGGGAGGGAGUGGAGAAAUAAUCAACCGGAGAUGAUGCGGUUGUAGGCUUAUCAAACUGAUCAGGCCUGGCCCCAACAAGGGACCCCCAUUUCACAUGCCACUCGGAAAACCCAUCCCGACUUUCCCUGGUAGCAGUGGUCAUCUUCCCCAUGGCCAUGAUCAUCAUUCAGUCUCUGACUCUCUGCCAAUCUCAUCUCAGCACGACUCAUGCUCAGCUCAGAUCGACCCGGCUCAGUCUCGACUCUUUCUUGAUCGGAUAGCGAAACCCCAACUACCAUGUAAUCCACCUCGCAUUCUUCUCUGUACAAAGGGUGCUCACUACUCAUACUCAUACUCAUACUUUGAGCAUGUAAUGCAACUAACUGAGACAAACAUCGCCGACCGGGCCAGCAAAAGACACACUGGAAAGAUUCUGAAGAACUACGGACCAGUCAGCUCGAAAAGUGGAUCACCUCGCGCUUCCAUUUGGCUUCCACCACUGUCAGCGAGAAACCUGAUCUACCAGACUGCUGAUUGGCCCCAGCCGAGGAGAAGAUUGCCGCUCCUCGAGCCUGGAGCUCCCGACUCGAGAGUCCUCUCUGCGUCUUGCCACCGUCGAUGCGAACGGCUUCUCCUGAGUACAGUGUACGGAGGACAGUACACAACACUUUACAGACAGGAGUACCAAGAAGAGCAGCACAUGUGAUAAGAGCUGACUGAGCUUUGUCUACAGUGCUGUGUUCAACAUGCUGCGAACGAUGGGCUGACUGCCGAUAAUAUCACCUCCCAACAACUUCACUACUACUACGGUAUGAGUAUAUGUAAACUACCUACGCAUCCCAAGAUCAUCAGAUCAAUUUAAUCCAGCCCCAAAAACUCCUACAGAGUAAAUUAAAUGAAGCCGAAAUGACCUGAGUCCGGAACUCCUCUAUACCGAACAAACACUAGUCAUGUGUAGCCGUGCUCGAGUAAGUUGAAAAAAAG